CACUAAAAUAACUUUGACUUCUGUCAGAUUUCAACUUAUGAAAUGUAGAUUAAAGUAUUUCUCCAUCAUUCAGCCCAUGCAUACAAGUCUGCUUUAAUAUCGGAUUUCUGUGAUCAUCCUUUUCCUCAAUGGUAAAAGGUUUGGAUUUCAGUAUCGGGAAUCUUUAGGCUGAAGUUGGACUUCAAGGACAGACUAAAAGUCCGUUCAAGCAGAUUUAAUGGUUAACAACUGCAGGCCAGGUUGCAGAAGCGAUGUGCACAUGGAUCAGAUUUCAGCUCCUCCUUUUCUGUAUUUGCUGAUAAAAAUAACCUGAAACACUCUAUCUAUAAAUAUGUCCCUGCUGGGCUCCACUCCAGUUGAUGGAGCUACAGCCAGGACCGCUGUUGGACCGAGGAGGAGAUUGGAUGGGAAAUCAGGGUCCACCCAACAAGCUCCACAAAACACAAGAAACACCCUCAAUGUGUCUGGGAGCAGUUUCAGGGAUAGAACCAAUGUUUUGGGAAGAACUUUAAAUCUUAUCGGACCUAAGAAAGCCGGAAACGCAGAGGAACGUCUGGGAACGGAUCAUCUGGAGACCAGUCCUGGAAUUUCUAUGCUGAGGGAUUCCUGGACAAACAGAAGAAGGUUCUGCGGCUGAUCUGGGACCAGCCUGCUGGAUUGUAGGCCUCUGAGGAGUAUGACGCCUCCCCACUCACAGCUCUGCUCCCUUUGGUGUGUUCUUCUCCUUGGAGUCGGAUCACUGCUGCUUCUGGUCCACCUGCAACACCUCACUGACUCCGUGCCGCAACAGAACACAGGCGUUCCUGUUCUGGAGGCUCCUGAAUGGCCAAUGGAGAAGCUUCCAGUUGCAGCCCGGCAGGCUAAUGACAUCCCAGCAGGACUUUUCCCUAUGUCUCCGCCCAUCCUCCGCCUUUGUUCUGACCCAUUGGUCGGCAUCAAGCAGCCUGUCACUAAGCGCCGCAGGAAGCAGCUGCUGAAGAGCGCCCUCUCUGGAGGAGAGGAGUCGCUGCAGCAGCGGAGGACACUGGAGUCUCGCCGCCACCUGCUGACCGCCACCUGCUCCAGGUUCCACCCGGUCCACAGCAUACGGAGGGCAACACUGCAGCAGGUAUCCCGGAUUUAUGUGGAGGACCGGUUCCGCCUGCUGUACUGUGAGGUGCCCAAAGCUGCCUGCUCCAACUGGAAACGGGUACUGAUGAUGCUUGGAGGUAGAGCCCACUCCAUACAGGACAUUCCUCAUGAUAUGGCUCAUUACAGCAACCAGCUUCGGCGGCUGGACAGCUAUGAUCGGGCCGGUAUUGCUGAGAGACUCCGAUCAUACACCAAGGUUCUGUUCACCAGGGAGCCCUUUGAGCGACUUGUCUCAGCCUUCAGGGACAAGUUUGAGAGUCCGAACUCAUACUACCAUCCUGUGUUCGGACGGGCCAUUAUUUCAAGAUACCGGGCCAAUGCCACAGGGUCUGCUCUGAAAACCGGCGCCGGUGUCACUUUCAGGGAAUUUGUUCAGUACCUGCUGGACAUGCAUAGGCCCGUUGGGAUGGACAUCCACUGGGAGCAGGUCAGCAAGCUCUGCAGCCCUUGUCUAAUCCCCUACAACUUCAUUGGGAAGUUCGAGAGCCUGGAGGAGGAUGCUAACUUUUUGUUGCACAGCAUCGGAGCACCGGACAACAUCACCUUCCCCGACUUUAAAGAUAGGAACCCGCUGGAAGAACGGACCUCGUCUAGAAUCACUCGGGAAUAUUUCUCCCAGCUGAACGGCACUGAGAGGCAGAAGGUCUUUGAGUUUUACUACAGGGACUACUUGAUGUUCAGCUACCCCAAACCAUUCCCAGAUCUGCACUGAUUUCCACCCUUAGGGACGGUCUGGCCUGAGAUUGGCUCUGAGCCCAGAACUGGACUGUUUCCAGAUUUGCACUGAGGUCUGCCUCCAGGGAUGGUCCAGGCUGAGACCUGGUCUGAGUCUAGAACUAGACUGUACCCAGACUGGCACAGAGGUCUGCCUUCAGGGACUGGUCAGUCCGUCUGAAACCUGCUCUGAACCCAGAACCAGAUGUUCCCACACCUGCACUGAGGUCUGCUGUGACUUGCAGGCAAGUUCGAUCUGACAGCAGCUCCAAUUCUGGACCUGGAUCAAGGUAAAGGUUGAUGAUCAGAUGGAUGGAUAUUUAACCAAACUAGCCGAUGAAGCUGCAAUGAACCAUUUAAACGUGCUGAUACGGAUCAAUGAUCCGUAUCAGCACGUUUAAAUGGAUCAUUGAUCCAUAUCAGCUGAUCAGAAAUUUGGAUUGGGCCUCUGACUUGUGUGUUUAUCUGGACUGAACAUGUUGCUGUGAGAUCAUUAGGCUUUAAUUGUGAAUCAUUAGGUUGGUUCUGCCACUGAUCAGUAUCCUUCAGGAAGAUUCAGAGGUUUGGACCUGGAGCUAAGCCAACUGCGUGCUGCCAGUUCAGACUCAUUUGGACAUGAAGCUGCUCCAGGUUCUGUGAAAUUCACUUUUGAUUCCUCUGAGACUGAUUUACCUCUGACUGCAGGUAAAACCUGAGAAACUUCAUGGAAAAACCGGAUCUGAACUGUAUGAACCCGUUCUGUUUGUUUGCGUUUUUCCUCCCAGCUUUAACACUGCCGUCACAACACCACGCGACCUGAGUCUGUUUUUAAAAUGUGCAGCUUGUGUUGUUAUCCUGAAACUCUCCCCUUUUAACACCCGGAUGUCUUCCACACAGCCAACCCAUCAGAGACAUAAAGCUGGUGGUUCAGUUCUGUUUCAAACAUCUAGUCCUCAAAACUCUGGUUCUCCAAACUUAUAGGGAAUCAAGGGUUCUCCAGGGUUUCUCAGGGUCUGUUAGAAAUUUUCUUUGGACUCUGGAUGCUUUAAUGCUCAGCUUUUGUCCAGUCCUGGAACCUGAAUCAUUUGAUUAGGUUAGCUUAGCCUAUUAUGGUUUACAUCACCAUUCAAAUAUUGAAUGUGGUGUUUUAAGUUUUUAUUUUUACAUGAAUGUAUCUCAUAAAGGGCUGCACAGUGGCGCAGUUGGUAGCACUGUUGCCUUGCAGCAAGAAGGUCCUGGGUUCAAUUCCUGGUUGGGGGUCUUUCUUCUUC